CCAUGAAGCAAACAUGGCGGCUGCCAUGGAGCUGAGAUGCUGGGGAGGAGACUGGGGUUUGCCUUCUGUCCACACCGAGUCACUCAUAGUCCUGGCAUACGCCAAGUUUUCAGGGGCAAAAGUCACAGUUUCUCCGAUAGACUGGACAUGGAAGACUCUAACAGCGACAGUCCCAGAGUUGCUGUGUGGAGAUGUUGCAGUUCAACAACCAUCUCAAAUUCUCAAUUUCCUGAGGAAACAGAGGUUUAAUGCAGACUAUGAGCUGUCAGCCAGACAAGGAGCCGACACCAUGGCUUACAUCGCUCUGCUGGAGGAGAAACUACGACCAGCUCUGAUGCACACUUUCUGGGUGGAUGCAGAAAACUACGUCAAUCUGACACGGCCGUGGUUUGCUUCACGCUCACCCUUCCCUCUCAACUUCAUCGUCCCGGGUCGCCUUGCCAGCACCGCCCUGUCCCGCAUCCUGCUAACCAAAGGAGAGGCGCCACUACACCGAAUCACUGAGGUGGAGGGGAAGCUCUACAGUGAUGCUAAAGAGUGCCUGAAUCUCCUCUCAUACAGACUGGGAACUGCAAGCUACUUCUUUGGCAACUCGCCAACCAGUCUGGACGCCUUUGUGUUUGGCUUUUUGUCUCCACUUUACAAAGCGGGUCUCCCCAGCAGCCCGCUGCAGAGCCACCUCCAGCAGCUGCACAACCUCACAAGCUUCUGUGACAACAUCCUCGCUCUCUACUUCAACGCCGACCGUCCAUGUCCUCCCCCACCUGUUCAGGAAACAAUGGAUGCCAACCUCCAGAAACUAACUCAGCUUGUAAACAAAGAGUCCAACUUGAUAGAGAAGAUGGAUGACAACCUCCGCAGCAGCCCUCAGCACAAACCCCACAGAGUAGACCCCAAACCCAGCCUGGCCAGCGAGAAGAGCUCCACUCCUGCGUGACCCCCCACCUUUCCACCCUGAUCCAGCCGAAAGAAAGGAAAGGUGCAGCUCUGAAUCCGACUCAACAUCCGAAAAUCCCCCAAAAAUAUCUUCCAGCUGAACUACAGUUUGAAUGGAAAAAAACCUAAUAAUAGAGUUAUGAUUAUAAAAGAGACUAUUUAACAGAGACCUAAUGAUGAUAGAUUUCAAAGAUGCUGGUCUGAGAGAGAAGGAAAAGUGCAUGUGUGAGGUUUUUAAAAAGGUUAAGCGCAUGUAUGUGGUUAUGGAUGGAAUGCUAAGAAGUGGUGUUUAAUGAGAAAGACACAAAGUCUAAAUGAAAGCUGAAGGAAAUGUAAAGUCCAGCAGGGAAGAGGUGGCCCUGUUUGACCUGAGAGUGGACCACUUAAAGGAGCAGUGUAGGAGUUAGUGGCAUUUAUCAGUUAGAAGUUAUAUUUAUACAUAACAUAUUCCAUUACUGCCAAUAAGGCCACGUUUUUUAGUGCGGCUCUACUCGAUUCUUCUCCAAUGCGUAGGGUAUCGAAAAACUGUAGCCUGGGUGAUAAGCUAAGGUACGCUCCUUGAUACUGCCGUGUAAAUGAGAGACUUGCUGAAUCAUUUCAACUGCAACAAAACCGAAGAAAGUCUGCAUUCCUUGGUGUUCAGUUUAGUUUUGCCGGCUGCCAUUUAUUCAAAAAACCUUGGUGUAGUUAAAAGAAAAGCAAAUGUGAUCGCUAUUGAUAAAGCAAACGCCAUAAAUCUCCUUCAUUCCACAUAAUGGCCCUGGAACCUCUUCUUCCUUUUGAUUCCUGUAGGAAGUAUGUACUUUCUCUACAACCCUUUAUAUUUAACAUAUUUAAAGGUAUAUUAUGCCGUUUUUCCUCAAAAAACCGAUGCAUAGACUGCCUUUUAAUCACCACUAAUGACUCGAAUGGUGUGUGGAGAUUUAUCAGCGGAGACCCUGCCCCCCUAGAGUAUUUUCUCCUUUUUCUGUGUCCAGGUUGUUUCUAAGGGUCAUGGUGGACACAGCCAACAUCCCUAAGUGGACAAAGCUCAUUCCAGUCUGAGGUUGGCUUUUAGCUUGCUGUAUGUGACGCAGCAUGUGGUCUCCCACUUCUGGUGUAUAUGAGCUGGGGGGGGGGGGAGGAGGAGACAUCUGCACUUUUACAAACGGCAAGCAACAAUUCCUGCAUAGUAUGCCUUUCAAGACGUCACUAAAAUAUGAAAACUGCUAAAGCACCUACAUUUGUUUAGAUAUCUGAUGUUAUUCCAGUUUAUAAAUCUGUGUUUCACCAUGAAAAACAUGGGUCCAGAUCCUUUAGCGCCACUCUGAGCUCACAUCCUCCUAUCUGCUGUAAAAAAGAAAAACCUGUGAUUUCUAAUGACAUUCAGUUAGACUAAUAUACAGUAGGUAUGCAGUGGUGGCUAUAGGAAUAUCCUAACAUUAGCUUUCUUUGCUCUCACCGCCUCUGCUUUGUAAAGAUGUAUAGUUGUAAAUAUGUUCAUGAUUCAGAUCAAUGCAAUGGUCCCUCUAUUAGAGCCGAAUAGCUCCUUCACACUCUGCUAGAUACACGGAGGACAUUUAUACUUGCUGUAUUAAGUUAUUCACAAUAUGUGGCACUAAUCUGUGUUUGGGUGUAUGAGAAACCAGUGUGUGUCUUUUAAUUAUAAUGUAUUGUUUAUGCAAGAUGCUCUGUAUCAUUAACAACUUACUGUUGUUGCCAUGGUUCUCCACUUUUUUGCAGUCUUUGUUUGUUUAGAUUUUCUGCUAUGUUGUAUGUUGUGCCUAUUUAACGUUUAUCAUGUUAAAACUGAGGUGUCUGUCCCAUUUGGUAAUGUCUCAUUAGUUGCCUUUUUUUCUUACUUUAACCGUCUGAAUUUCUGAAAUUGGACAGUAAAAUGAGUUGCCACUUUUCUUUACUGUUUUGUUCCCUAAUUUUCUCACAGCCUAAUGCAUGUUUACUCCAACACGUUCAUAGCGUCCCUGGUGUCAGUCCAAAGGAAAUAACUCUUGUAAAGAUAGUUUGGCUCAUGCAAAUUGCCUAAAAUCCCUUCAUGGUUCCAUUCUCGGUAAAGCACUGUAUUCUGAAACAAAAGUGAGUGUGUUUCCAAUAACAAAUCUUAGCGACAACAAACAUGCCGGUGAGGAACAUAUGGGUGUGUGUGCCUACACGACUGCUAGUGUCUUUGUACAAUUGUCAACAUGUUAACAGUGUCCUCCAUCAUUUUUGAUACAUUCCCGUAAAUUAUCUUCAUCAUUUUUGUUUCUGUUCAUUCUCUGUGGGCGGCUGGUAACGACUGUCAUCAUAUUAUUCAAAUACAAAUAAGAUAAUCCAAGUAUGA